AUGGGGGGACUGGUUUGUACUGGUUUAUACUGGGAGGGGAACCGGACCCACAGCACCCGCCCCGCCCUGCUCAGCGUCAUCGUCCCUCCCAGUCCGCCCCAGUUGGAGCUGCUGGAGGGGGCGGAGCUUCCGCUGGUGGGCGGGGCCGAGGUGCGCGUGCGCUGCCACGCCCACGACGCGCGCCCCGCCCCCACCCUGGAGCUGCGCCUGGGUCAGGAGCCCCUCCCCGACGUCGCCUCCCGAGUGUUCGAGGGGUCCCACCCCAAACUGAGCUCCAGCGAGGCCACGGCCAGGCUGACCCCCGUCCCGUCGGACCACGGCCGCCUCCUGCUCUGCUCCGCCUCCAACGGCGCCGCGGCUCCGGUCACGGCCGGGUUGAGGCUGGAGAUCGCCGUGCCUCCCAGUGCUCCCAGUAUCCAGGGGCUGCCCGCACUGGUCCGGGCGGGGGAGGAGCUGCGGCUGCUCUGCCUCAGCCGGGGGGGGCGGCCCCCGCCCAGUCUGCACUGGGACAAGGACGGCGCGCCAUUGGAGGGGGCGUGGUCAGUGGACGAAGGGGGCGUGGCCAGGACGCGGCUCGUGUUUAGCCCCGCCCCCGAGGACGACGGCGCCAUCUUGCGGUGCCGCGCGGUGACGUCACUUCCGGGGGGCGGGGCCAGCGCCAGCGUCAAACUGCGAGUGACGUACCCCCCCGCCGAGCUGACCCUGCACGGCUCCGCUGCACUGGCCGAGGGGGAGGAGGGGCGGCUGAGCUGCACCAGUGCUCCCAGUAACCCCCCAGUUCGGCUGCGCUGGUGGCUGGGGGGGCGCGAACUGCGGGCCAGCGGGCAGGGCAGAGCCCCGGGGGGCGGGGCCGUGUCCAACGUGACCCUGCGGGGGCGGGGCCAGGACCACGGCUCCGCCCUCGUCUGCGAGGCCGAGACCCCCGGGCUGGGGACCCGGAGCGUGAGGGCGAUGGUCAGCGUGAGCCGUGAGUGGGACUGGGAGGGACUGGGGGCGUGUCCCUCUAAAGGGGCGUGUCAUCUAAAGGGGGCGUGUCCCUCUCUGGCCCCGCCCCCAGACCCGCCCACUGCUCUGUGGGUCGAAGCUCCGCCCCCCAACGCCACCUUCCGGGUGGGGGAGGGGCUGCGGCUGCUGUGCCUGGCGCGGGGGGGGCACCCGGCCCCCCAGCUGGGCUGGAGCAAGGACGGCCGCCCCCUCCCGGAAGCGCCGCCCCAGAGCCGCUCGGGUCACGUGACCAUGCGGGCGCUGCACGUGACCGCCGCCCCUUCCGACAAUGGCGCCGACUUCCGGUGCGAGGCGGGGCCGGCCCGGAGCGCCCCAGUGCGCGUGCGCGUGCUCUUUCCCGCCCAGUCCGUCUCCAUCUCGCUGGCCCCGCCCCAGCCCCGCCCCGGCCACGCCCUCAGCCUCACCUGCCGCGCCGGCCCCGCCCACCCGGCCCCGGAGCUCACCUGGAGCCGCCCGGGACACGCCCCGGAGGCGGGGCUGCCGCUGCCCCCAAGCCCCGCCCCCCACGGCGGGGUCACGGCGGGGUCACGGCUGCUCUUCCAGGCGGCGCUGUCGCUGCAGGAUCAGCCAAUCACCUGCCGAGCCUGGAGCGCGUCACUGGGCGUGGCCACCCCCCCCUGCUCAGCGCCGGCCCCUCCCCCGUCCGGGUUCCGGAAGGUUCCGAGGCCGUUUUGGGGCUGUCGGUCCGCGCCCAUCCCCCCCCCCGAGAGCUGCAACUGGAGCGUGCGGGGGAGGGGCAUCACCCCCGGUCUGUCCCCGCGUUUCCGGCUGUCUCCGGGGGGCGCUCUGCGCAUCGCCAACGUCACCCGCGCCGACAGCGCCGCCUAUCGGGUGCGGUGCCGCAACGCCGAGGGCGCGGCCGGCGCCGAGGUCACGCUGCUGGUGCUGGUGCCCCCCAGCAUCGUCCGCGCCCCCGACCCGGUGGUGGUGGAGGAGGGGGGGGAGGGGCAGCUGCUGUGCGAGGCCCAGGGCAGCCCCCUCCCCCCCGGGAGCGUCCAGUGGGCCCGGCUGGGCGACUCGGGGGCCCCGCUGCCGCUGCCGCCGGGGCUGGAGCCGCUGCCGGGGGGUCCCGGGGGGUCGCUGUGGGUCCGGGGGGCCCGGCGGGAUUUGGGGGGACCCUACGAGUGCCGGGUGGAUUCGGGGGUGCCGCCCCCCGCCCGCGCCGUCGUCAGGCUGCUCGUCACCUACGGUCCCGAGAUGGAGGCGGAGCCAGAGGAGGGGGCUGGGCCGGGGGUGGUGCUGGUGCCCGAGGGGGCGGAGUCAGCGCAGCUGCGCUGCCGCGCUCGGGGCGUGCCGGGGGUGGAGCUGAGCUGGGAGAGGAACGGGCGGAGCCUCGGCGCUGGGGAGCCGGGUUCGCCGUUCCGGGAGCUCCAGUGGCGCGAGGGGCCCUGGAGCAGCUCCGUGCUCAGCGUGGCCAACCUCAGCGAGUCCCGCGCCCGCCUGCGCCGCCUCUUCCACCAGUCCCACCAGUCCCACCAGUCCUCCCAGUCCUCCCAGUCCCCCCGGCCUCGUUACCGCUACCAGAACGUUCCGGCGGCGCCGCCGGACUGGGAGAACUGGGAGAACUGGGAGGGCGGAAACGGAACCAUCGGAGUCUUCGAGUGCGUGGCCAAAAAUGAGCGGGGGAGGGCACGGAGGAGAGUGAGGCUGCGGCUGGGGGACCGGCCGGACCCCCCCCGGGCCCUGCGGCUCUCGGGGGUCUCGGGGACGUCCCUGAGCCUGACGUGGGAGCCGGGAUUCGAUGGCGGCCUCCCCCAGCACUUCCUGUUGCGCGCCGCCGGUCCCGGUGCCCCUCCCCCGCCCGCCGCCCUUGUCACUUCCGGUUGGUCGCUGACGCUGGGCGGGCUCCGCCCGGCCACGCCCUAUGACGUCACUGUCCGUGCCCGGAACGGCCGCGGGGACAGCGCCCCCGCCCGGCUGCGCGCCGCCACUUCCGCCCCGCCCUCGGCCCCGCCCCCUCGGCAGGAGGAGCCCGAGCAGCCCCAGGGGGGCGUGGCCGAGGGGGGCGGAGCCCCGCCCGCCCUGCUGGGGGCGCUGUGCGCGCUCGGGGGGCUCCUCCUGCCCGCCCUGGGGGCGGGGCUCUGCUGCCGCUGCCACUUCCGGUUCCGCUGGGGGCGGGGCCGGAAACCCGCGGAGGGGGCGGAGACGCCCAGUUCCGGAAGUUCCCGGGGCCCUUCCGGCUUUGGCUCCGCCCCCAAAGGGGCGGAGCUGCACCUGUACGAGGAGGUGGAGCCGUGGGGGGAGGGGCAGGAGGUGACCCCGGAACCUCUUGUGACCCCGGAAGGGGAAUUGGUCUAAAAGGGGGCGUGGCCUCCCUAAAAGCCACGCCCACAAAUAAACCACGCCCCUUUUCCAGUU